AUGUCCGGCCCGUGGGCCCUGCUUUUGCUCUGGGGUCUGGCGACUCCGUGCCGGGGGCUGCUUGAGACGGUGGGCACGCUCGCUCGGAUCGACAAGGAUGAGCUGGGCAAAGCCAUCCAGAAGUCGCUGGUGGGGGGACCUAUUCUGCAGAACGUGCUGGGGACGGUCACAGGCGUGAACCAGGGCCUCCUGGGCUCCCAGGGGCUGCUCGGAGGAGGUGGCUUGCUGGGCUACGGAGGGGUUUUUGGCGUCGUCGAGGAGCUUUCCGGGCUGAAGAUUGAGGAACUCACACUGCCAAAGCUGUCGCUGAAGCUGCUCCCGGGGUUUGGGGUGCAGCUGAGCCUGCACACCAAGGUGGGCCUGCACUGCUCUGGCCCCCUUGGGGGCUUCCUGCAGCUAGGGGCCGAGGUGAACGUGUCGUCGCGGGUGGCGCUGGGCGUGAGCGCGCGAGGCACGCCCAUCCUCAUCAUGAAGCGCUGCAGCACGCUCCUGGGUCACGUCAGCUUGCACUCGGGGCUUCUACCCGCACCACUCUUUGGGGUCGUGGAACAGACACUCUUCAAGGUGCUGCCGGCAUUGCUGUGCCCCGUGGUGGACACUGCGCUGGGCGUGGUGAAUGAGCUCCUGGGCACUGUGCUGGGCCUGGUGCCCCUUGGGGCUCUUGGGUCUGUGGAAUUCUCUCUGGCCACGCUGCCUCUCAUCUCUAACCAGUACAUAGAGCUGGACAUCAACCCCAUUGUGAAGAGCGUAGCUGGUGACAUCAUUGACUUCCCCAAGCCCCGCCACCCCAUCAAAGUGCCCCCCAAGGAGGACCACACAUCCCAGGUGACCGUGCCUCUGUACCUCUUCAACACCAUAUUUGGGCUCCUGCAGACCAAUGGUGCCCUCGACAUGGACAUCACCUCUGUGCUGGUUCCCAGAAACGUCUCAUUGACAACUACAGACCUGGCAGCUUUGGUCCCUGAGGCCCUGGGGAGGUUGCCCGCAGGCCAGCCGCUCCUACUCUCGCUGCGAGUGAAAGAAGCACCCACAGUCACGCUCCAGAAAAAGAAGGCCACAGUCUCCAUCGCGGCCAACAUCCACGUGCUGUCCUACCCCCCUAAACGGGCCCCUGAAGCCCUCUUCGAGCUGAACGGGGUGAUGACUUUAAAUGCCCAGCUGGCUCCCUCGGCUACCAAGCUGCACCUCUCCCUGUCGCUGGAACGCUUCAGUGUCAAGUUGGCCUCGUCCUUUGCCCACGCCUUUGACGCAUCCCAUUUAGAAGAAUGGCUCAGCCAUGUGGUCCGGUUGGCGUAUGUGCCGAAGCUCAACGUGGACCUGGAUGUUGGAAUUCCCCUACCUAAAGUUCUCAAUGUCAGUUUUGCCAAUGCGGCCCUGGAGAUCAUAGAGAAUGCCGUUGUGCUGACCGUGCCAUCCUGA